AUGGACGCUCCCUGGGUUUUACUGGUUAAUUUCAUGGCUUUGAUUUGUGUGAGUGAGAGCGAGGGAGCAGGGGUUAAAACAGUAGCUCAUCUCUCUUCUGCUCUUCUGAAUUCUCCUGGUUGGAAUUCCAAUGACAACAUGAACUUGGUUUCUUCAGAUGGUACGUUUUGUGCUGGGUUCUAUAACGUGACACCAAAUCGUUAUGCCUUUGCUGUCUGGUAUGCUGAUCGAACUCUAGCGUGGAUGGCGAACUCAACUUCUCUUGUGGGUGGCAACUCUUCUUUGACCUUACAAAACGGGGCUCUCUCCAUUUUGGACGAGAAUGGUGUAAUUGCGUGGACGAGUAAGGUCACGCCUAAUUCAAAAUAUGCCCUGGAUCUUAUUUUGCAGGAUUCGGGCAAUCUGGUGUUCAAUCAAUGGGAAAGCUUUAAGGACUUCCCCACAUUUAAUCUUCUUCCCACACAAGACUUCAGCCCAGGAGACGUUUUGCAGAAGGAACAGGAAGAGCAGGCACCCAAAUGGUACUGGCAAUCGGGUAGCUUUCCAGCAGUUGAUCUGGACAAGUCUGGGUAUCUGAAUUCAAGCAACAUCAUUCAAAAUUCCUUGAUCAUGGCGUCCGACAGGGGCAAGAAGGACCAGUUGAGAAGAUUGACAUUAGAUAGAGACGGAAACCUCCGUAUAUAUAGUCGGAAAAGAUAUCCUCCUUCUUCAUGGGAAAUAGUGUGGGAAGCCGUCUCGCAGCACUGCAGAAUCCAUGGGGUCUGUGGAGAGAACGCUGUGUGUAAGGUAAACUCGGGGUGGAAACCAAUGUGUGAAUAUCCGCCUGGUUUCGACCCGAGCCCAGUCGAUAAUCGAAACUGCAAACCGCACAGUGAUAUCAAGAAUCUCACCAAUGUAAGAUUUGUAGCGCUUGACUUCGUCAAUUUUGAUGGACCUAAUUCUGUACCAGGGCCUGCAAAAAGAUUACAAGUCUGCAUAGAGUUUUGCAGGAACAACAGCACGUGUCUGGGUUUCGUGCACCAACUCGACAAAGGAAACUGUGUCUACCAAUUCGGCAAAUUGGUGAACGGAUAUUGGUCUCCAGAUGGGCAAACGCGCAUGUAUUUGAAGAGCUCUGCAAGCGGGGAAGAAGCUGCUCCGAAUCUCUUUCAUGGUUUGCUCUCUGUAGUUCAAAAUGUUUGUCCGAUCCGUCUAGAAAUACCUUUCCCCAGGACUCAAUCGGACUACACGACACGAAAUCUCAUCAUAAUCUGCUGCGUUUUCGGGUUAGAGCUCUUGUGCGGGGCUUAUGCCUUCGGCGCAUUUCUGAGGAGGUACACGGAAUUAAGAAACAUAGCCCGAAUUUUCGCAAUGGAUCUUCUUCCUUCUGGUGGGCCUAAGAAAUUCACAUACGCAGAGCUCAAAUCAGCCACCAAUGAUUUCAGCAAUAUAGUGGGGAAGGGAGGAUUUGGGACAGUGUACAAGGGUCUUCUGCCGGAUCAGAGGCAGAUUGCAGUGAAGAAACUGGAAGGACUUCAUCAUGGGGAACAACAAUUCUGGGCAGAGGUGACAAUCAUAGGGCGAAUCCAUCACCUCAACCUUGUUCGCAUGUGGGGAUUUUGCGCAGAAGGUGAGCACAGACUUCUGGUUUACGAUUACAUACCCAAUGGGUCUUUAGAGAAGCAUUUGUUCGACACGGAGGGAGCGACUGCAAUGGAGUGGGGCGUCCGAUACCGCAUAGCUUUGGGGGUCGCAAGAGCCAUUGCUUACCUUCAUGAGGAGUGCCUGGAAUGGGUUCUUCAUUGUGAUAUCAAACCAGAGAAUAUUUUGGUCGAUGAGAACUUUUGUCCCAAGGUUUCUGAUUUUGGACUAGCUAAAUUGGUUGAGAAAGAGCGCACCCUGAAAGUGUCUACGGUCAGAGGGACACGGGGAUAUUUAGCACCAGAGUGGUUUCAAAACUAUCCUAUCACGGCAAAGGUGGAUGUGUUCAGCUUUGGAAUGGUGCUUUUUGAAAUAGUUAGCGGAGAAAGGAAUAUAAAUGGCUCACCUGAACAAGAUAGUGAGUUCUAUUUUCCUUAA